CCGGGGCGGGGCGGGGCGGAGCGCGCGCGGUGCGGGUGGACGUGCGGCUGCCGCGGCAGGACGCUCUGGUCCUGGAGGGAGUCAGGAUCGGCCCGGAAGCCGACCCGGCGCCCCCGCUGGGCGGGCGCCUGCUACUGAUGGACAUCGUGGAUACCGAGCAGGAGGUGCCAGGAGAAGGCUGGAUUGCUGUGGCAUACGUGGGCAAGGAGCAGGCAGCCCAGUUCCACCAAGAGAAUCAGGGCAGUGGCCCGCAGGCCUAUCCCAAGGCCCUGGUCCAGCAGAUGCAGCGGGCCCUCUUCCUGGGAGCCUCUGCCCUGCUUCUCCUCAUCCUGAACCACAACGUGGUCCGAGAGCUGGACAUAUCCCAGCUUCUGCUCAGGCCGGUGAUCGUCCUCCAUUAUUCUUCCAAUGUCACCAAGCUGUUGGAGGCACUGCUACAGAGGACUCAGGUCAUGGCAGAGAUCACCAGCGGAGAGUCCCUGUCAGCCAACAUUGAGUGGAAGCUGACCCUGUGGACCACUUGUGGCCUCUCCAAGGAUGGCUAUGGAGGAUGGCAGGACCUGGUGUGCCUGGGAGGCAGUCGUGCCCAGGAGCAGAAGCCCCUGCAGCAACUGUGGAAUGCCAUCCUGCUGGUGGCCAUGCUCUUGUGCACAGGCCUUGUGGUCCAGGCCCAGCGGCAGGCGUCGCGGCACAGUCAGCAGGAGCCCGGAGGCCAGGUGGACCUGUUCAAGCGCCGUGUAGUUCGGAGACUGGCAUCCCUCAAGACACGGCGCUGCCGUCUGAGCAGGGCAACCCAGGGCAUCCCAGAGCCUGGCACUGAAACCUGUGCUGUGUGUCUGGACUACUUCUGCAACAAGCAGUGGCUUCGGGUGCUGCCGUGUAAGCAUGAGUUUCACCGAGACUGUGUGGACCCCUGGCUCAUGCUCCAGCAGACCUGCCCGCUGUGCAAAUUCAACGUUCUGGGGAACCGCUACUCUGACGAUUAGCUGCCCCAGCUGAACUCUGCACAUGGGGAUGACCCCUCUCGCCUGUACCCAGCCCUUAGCCUGGGCUCCCAGGACAGGACAGCAGGAUGGACAGGACAGCAAGCCCUAUGAGAGAAAGGAAGGAUGAGGGCACCACCAUGUCCACACUGGACAGGAGGGACUCACAGCUUCAGGCUGAAGAUGCAGGGCCAGGACCUGCCUGUCAAAGAAGAGUGGUUGCUUUGGGGCCCUUCUCUGCAAUCCUGGGAUAUCUGUGUCUGCCCUCCUCAGGCAGCUCCCAGGUCACUGGGGAAAGAGAAUGUGGGGCCAGUGCAGCUGUCCCGAGGGUUCUGGGAGCUCUCUGUAUCCAGUCAGAGCAUCACCUGGGGGCUGAGGCUACAGUGGCCAGGUUUUGUGCUUAUUUAUUGUGGGGGUGGACUGAGGGAAGAGCUGCCUGGCCUUGGAGUAAUUUUUCAGGACAUGUCUUGGGCAAGGCUGUGAUGUUAAACCCAGAGGCCCCUCUACUGCUCGUGCUCCCGGUCCUUGAGCACUGGGAGUCAUGGGUCCCACUGCCUGUCCAGCUGGGUUCCCGUAUCAGGCCUGGCUGGGACCAGAGGCCUUAGAAACCAUCCAGUCCUGUACUUCUUGGUUGGGGCUAUGUGUUGCUGACUGAGAUACUUGAAGCCACAGGAUAAAUAUGGUGCGUCUUCCAGGGGCAUCCACUUUUUUUUUAAGAGUUGGGGUAGGGAAGGUUUAAUAGCUAAAUAAACAUGGAUAUAUUUUAACAUAAGAUGUAAAAA